GUAGAGGGUGGCUACCUGGGACUAUUGAGUCGAUCCGACGUCAUUCCCGUGUUGUGUUCCGCGGCGCGAAGAUGGUCUGAUAGCUGCGGGAGCUCCGAGCGACAACAAGACAGACUUCAGACCACGCGAGAAACAAGAGAUGCAGUACGGUCUGGCCCAACUGCUGGCGGGCAUCGCCGCCACGAUGGCGGCCGUGGUCUCCGGAGAGGAAGAAGCCGUCGUCACCGUCGGCACCAAGAGGCUGCAGCACGUCGUCAGCGACCGCUUCCUCAGCCUCACCGUCGACCCGGCCAUCUUGCUGGAUGCCGCGCGCACGAGCUCGGAGAGCCUGCAGAUGCUCGCCAUGGCGAGGACGCUCGCGCCGGCGUUCCUCCGCGUGGCGGGUCCCGACAGCAACCACUAUCGCUUCCAGAAGGACGUGGCCCCGGACCGCAGCGCGCUGUCCGCCGACUACACGGUCACAGAGUUGCAGUGGGUGGUGCUGAACGAGUUCGCGCGGCAGGCGGGACUGCACCUAGUGGCGGCCCUGGGAACCUCAGACCGCGAGGAGGACGGGGCGUGGUCCUCCCGCAACAGCCUGGAGCUCGUCUCGCUCUCCGACCGGCUCGGCUACAACGUCAGCUGGCAGCUGGGAUACGAGCUGCAGGAGCUGCGGCAGGCGGGGGAGGAGGGGGAGGAGGAGGGGGAGGAGGAGGGGGUCCUCUCCGGCUCGCGGCUGGGGCGGGACGCGGUCCAGCUGCGCAGGAUGCUGGACGUGUUCCCGAGGUACCGCAGGUCGCUGCUGCUCGCCCCCGACGUCACCCGCUUCUCCGCCCGCCGGGACGCGCUCUUCCUCAAGGGGUUCUUCGGCGAGGCCUCCGGCGCGCUGAGCGCCGUCACCUGGCACCCACAUUUCAGGAGCGGGUUCGAGAACUCCGGAGAGGCUGAACUGCUAAUGGACGCGCUCGACUGGGAUGGAAGCGCGCUCCGCAAGUCCAUUGGCCGGGCGUUCAACAAGAAGCCCCUCUGGAUAGCGGAGUCGGAGCGUGACGGUGGCUCGCAGGGCCGGUUCAAGGACGCGCUGGCGUGGGGCCAGCACCUGGGGGCGGCGGCCCAGCUGGGGGCAGACGUCCUCCUGAAGAAGCUCGGCGUCCCCAUCAUGUCGCAGCCGUCGCCGGAGUACUGGGCGUCCGUGCUGCACAAGUCGCUGGUGGGCCGUGCCGUGCUCGACGCGAGGCUGUCCCAGGGCAACGGCACGCACCUGCGCUUGUACGCCCACUGCGCGGCGGAGCGGAGCAGGGGCGGCGCCACGCCGAGCUACGAGCGGGGCGCGGUGACCGUGUUCGGGGUCAGCUACCUGGACGGCAGCGCCAGCCUCGCGCUCAAGGCCACGUCGUGGGGGCGCGGCCCCGGGGGGGAGGAGGAGGUGCACCAGUACGUCCUCACCGCGCCCGACCUCGACUCCAGGGACGUUCUUCUUAACGGCCAGCCUUUGCAGUUGAAUCCCGACGGCAGUUUGCCGAUCGUCGUUCCCACGAUACAUCACACCGACCAGUCGAUCACGGUCACGAUCCCACCCAACUCCAUCGGGUUCUGGGUGAUUCCGAACGCAAAGGUGAGACCCUGCAUGGCCCCGGUAACCGGGAAAAUGCUAGACUUCGAGGACCUCGCAGCGGUGCACGACUGGGAGAACUCGGACUUGGCCAACAGCGAGAUCGGCGGACUCAGGAGACAGCGAAGGAAACACAACGUGAGGCCACGGCUAGGUGCACUAAACAGCAGAAGAAGGGAAAACAAGGAAAAACCGGGUAGUUCUGAAGAACCUCAAAACGACAAGACGAGGAAGAGGAUCUCGGGAAGAUCCAAGCGGUACACACCGGCGGAAAAUGGGCCGUACGUAAUUCCAGGCCUAAGCGUCGAACUGUUCAACCCAGCGCAGCACUCCGUGAAGAGUCGGAUUAUCGCAAACAAGAUAAAAAAAGGUGUUUUGAACAUGAGUAACAUCAAGCUGCCCUCGAGUGAGAGAAGCCUUAAAAACUCAGAAGCAGAUGAUGACGAAAUCAACAUGAGGACCAACAUCCAGGCGUCUCUCGCAAACCCGGAAGAUUACUACAGCACGGAGGACAGACAACUCUCCAGACAUCACAGGCGAGCCUACAGCACAGAAUUUGGGCAGCGUGAUCCGCUUCCCGUGAGAGGCAAGAGUUCCAAGACUGUCGACUACAGCAAAGACUACAUCUACGACGACGAUGAGAACCCUUUUGAUUACGUGGUAGAAGACAACUUUGCUGCUCACAUUGGCUCAGAGGGACAAGACGCAGUGCAGUAUUUCCAGGAACCGGGUCAAACUUUCGAGGAUGUGAAACUGACGCCAACCAUGAAAACCAACAAGUAUGAAAACUUUGGUGAGUUGUGGGAAACAAAAGGUUUUGCAAAUAGAGAUGAACAGACACCACAAGGCCAGGAUCCAAAGAAAGCAUUUUAUGUGAGGACGUCACCACCUUAUCUGCGUUCGUACAUUCCGUAUAAUUCACACGAAAGGAUGUGGCAACACCCUCCUCCGAGAUACGCCAAGAACAGCUUCAAUAUGUGGCAACAUUACAAUAAUGAUGACGGAAAGAAUGAAAACGAUCAAAGAUAUAAUCAAAAAUUUCUUACACACCCAGCGCAAAAUAACGAUCAUGAGUUCUUGUUACACAACACGAGGGAAAAUACAAUGAAUGGGAAUUGGAGGCAUGAUGGGGAGCGUGAAAGAAUCAGAAACCUCUAUGAGAACAAUGACAGCGAACAGGAAAAAAUAGAGUCAAAUUCAACAGAUAUAAUGGGUCACGAAAUAAACAGAAAUGAGAACACUGGCAUCGAUGACAAAAUCAGCCAGCCCAGAUAUGACUUUGGGAAACCAAUUGCAGCAUUCAUCAUACAAACACUACUGGGCGAUAACCCUGCAUUCCCAAAUGCACGUAAUUUUUCGCACAGCAAGGAAAACAGACCGAAACUUACUCUUGAAGGUAUUACUUCUAUCAAGGAAAACAGACCAAAACUUAUUCUUGACGGUAUUACUUCUAUCAACGAAAAAAAUGACGAGACUCUUGAAGGUAUUUCUUCUAUCAAGGAAAACAGAUCGAAACUUAUUCUUGAAGGUAUUACGUCUAUCAAUGAAAAAAAUGACAAGGCACCAAGAAAUAUGAUGAAAGUAAACUUCAACAGGACCCUGGCAAGCAGCAUUGAAGAGGAUGGCUCUUACACGUUGAAAAAGCAAAGUGAAAUAAACAAAAUGACAGCUUGUCAAAGACUGUUGAAUGUCUCCAUGCAUGGAAGCCAAACGCACAACACUCAGCAAGAUUUAGACAGUCCUAGUGCCACUUCUACAACGCACAACUUAAUGAAAGUGGUCAGGGGAGAUACCAACAAAACUACAGAUAAACAAGAUGGAAAUAUUGACAUUCAAGAAUUCUCCAUUGAGAUGUUGGAGGAAAAAAAGAGAUCUCCAAGAUCUGUGCCACUGGAAUACAAACAAACACCCAUCACACAUGUUUUACACCCCACAGGCAAACAAAGAAACUAUUAUGGACGUACUGAACCUUUGGUACCUCGGUUUGAAGCACUAAGAAAAUACUUGUCUGAUUACGAUGAUUACGACGCUGACAGAGAGGCAUACUUAGAAGAACUUAUUUUCGCUAGAAUACAUCCAAAACAGGACUUACUGCCUGAAAUCUUACGCAGGGGUAGGACAGUUCAGGCGUUCAGGAGACCUACAGGACUUGAACUGAGGCCAGCUUUUGAAAGGUUGCGUCCGUAUUAUGAAUACUAUAGAGCUGACGGUGCCAAUUCAAGAUUAAAGUUCAAAAGAGAUGAAGCAAAGCAGUUACAAGAAGAUAAUUCGGAGAGACCCAACGUUCAUUCUGACAGACGAUUUUUAAAUCUUGACGUAUUAGACUACAAUGAUAAAAUACUGCAGUUGAGAGACACUUACCAUUCAAAAGCACAAAAUGAUGAUCCAACAGUAGCAAAAAUAUCUGGAGGCUUAACACACUCACUAAUAGAAGUGACAAAUGAUGUCGGCCAAAAUGAACCAAUGCAAAGUGUCACGGCACAUGAGUUAAAGCAAUCUGAGAGCGCAGAAGUGACAAGUUUAAACGAAAACCUACUUUUCAUGGGUACUUCUGAAGGAAAACCAAGCGAAGAAACAAAUACUAUCAAAAACCAAACAGAAAAAAUAGAAAGAAAUUCACUGGCACAUGCGACUCAAAUUCAAGAAAUACCAAAUAUUGAAAUAACCACUAGUGUUACAGAGAAAAUCACAGUACAAGAGGAAACAACUACAAUAAAUACACACACACUGGAUGAUGGAAACUAUAAAUCACUUCUGAAAACAGAGGGGGAAAUACAAAAACGUUUCCUUGACAUGACAACAGAGAUUGGUGAAAUAAUAAACCAAAAUGUCACUGAAAGCAAUACAAAUAGUUCAACAGUUUUACUUUAUGGUUAUGAUGAAGACAGAGUCACAACAGUCCCAGUUACCAAUAAAACAUUAAACAAUGUAACUAAGUACGAACCACUAAAUACAAAUAACUUGAACAUAGAAGCAGAGAAAUUUCCCAGCAAUUUAGACCCAACUUAUUCCCAAACAUCUGAAAACUUUAAACUGAGUAGGAAGAGGGAAAACAUGAAUGAAAACACAUUUAACCGUAUAAAACUUCCAAUUCCCAAAGAAAAUACUGAAAGCAAAGAUACAAAUAAAGAGAAAGUGCCAGACACAAACAAUUUCAGUGCCAUGCAACCUGAUAAAACUUUCACCAAUGGACACAAAGAACAAACCUUUUUAGUCAUCACAAGCGUCAAGGAAGACUCCAUGACGUUUGAUGGUGAAGAUGGCAGUGAUGAGAAUAAAAAAGAAUUCCCACCAAGCACAGUAAGAAACAUCACAAGUGAUUCAGCAAAACCAGUCGAUGAUGAUCCAACUCAGUCUUCAGACGAAACUACAAAGAAAUUACAUGAGAAAUGGUCACAAAGUGCAGUGAUCGAAAAUGAAAACCAGACAAGCAAAGUUGAUGAUACAGCAAAGGAGUCAGAAACAUCACCCACACAACCACCGAGCUCAUCGGGAGACAAAAACGCUCCCGGUAGCUCGAAAGAAACUCGAGACAUGCAACUUAAAACUGCUCCAAUGAAUGAAAAACAGCUGAAAAACACAGAUGAUAGCAAACACCUGAGCACGCAGACUUCAGGAAAUGCGGAUGUAAUCACACAUGCCUCACAUGAUGGUAAAACUACAGCGAUAGAGUCGAGGUCACUUCCAGAAACCACAAAAGAUACUGCCAGCUACGACAAGAGUGCGGAAAGAGAAGUCAGUUCUGGUGAGCCACGCGAUACCUCGGGAGAAAACCAAAACACUGCAACAGUUGGCACCGAUCAGGACCCCACAAAUCCACAAACUGACACGCACAAGAGUUUGCACACGGAAGUCGCAGGGCUCAAAGAAGCUUCCGAAACACAGGAAAGUAACCCCGGAGAUGGCAACAAUGAUAAAGGAGAGGAAAAGAAAGGCAACUUUAAGUCUGGCAGGGUUAUUAGAAUGCAGGGUGAAACUCCGGGCAUGAGAUUGUCGCUGCCAACACUAUCACAGUCGCGUGCGCUUCCAGACAUCGCAAAGAGACGAGAAGAGAGGCUUAGAGCUCUAAACGAGCGACGCGCACGGAUCAGAGCAAGACUCCUGGCGAGAGCGGGCGCAGGCUCUCACGAACGUGGGAGUGCAAGUAAUCGCAGAAGAUUAAGGGAAGCGCUCGGCCAGUUUGCCGAUGAGGGCGAAUCCACAGACCUGAAUGAAAACCACUUUCCUCUGCAUUUAGUCAGCACGGGGUAUGCGAGGGCAGAAGAAAAUUUCAACCCAUCGCUCAGCACCGAAACUUUCAUCGAACGGUACCUACUGCAGCAAAAAAACCAAAUGCCGUCGACGGCAGACGGAAUGAUAACAGACAGAGCAUUACCGAGCGAAACAGAAGACAACGUGCACGUAGCGGGCCGGGGAUACAACAACGAUAACAUCAAGCAAGUUAAAAGCAUUCACCGCGACACACUACAACUGCACCCUAGAUAUUAUCACCCGGCACCAAUAAAUGCGUACACAUCAUACAUAAUGAACACCAUUCAAGGGGUUCCAGCAAGAGGCUCAGGCCUGGAAAUGGACAAGGUCAUUCCUCCCCCAGACUACCAAGCUGGGAGAGAAAAUGACAUUGAUGAGCACACAACUUCUCAGCACUUGACACCAUUGGACAUGGGAAGAAAGCACCGUACGGCAAGAGAAUCGCUACCGUUACGCUCAAACUUGCAUUACUACGUGCAUCAGACAAAUGAACCAUUGAUUUUUUCAAACAUAGGUGGAUACCCUUAUCCUAGUAUUGACGAGAGAGCAGACAUGCCAGGAAUGUUUAUGGACUAUAACGAACAUCCUGAUGACUUCAUGAUUGAUGACCUGGAGGAUUAUUCGGUCUACAGGCCUGGUCGAAAUGCCUACGUGGUGGACGAUCACCAGUGGCCAGGCAGUAGCGACUAUGAUGAGAAACUGAGUGGAAACGAGCUGCUGCCAUUUAUGUUUGAAGUACACGAUCCUGACAUUUACGAAGAGGAUGAUGGUUUUGAUCCCGAGCAUAGCGACGAAGAAGUUAUAUUUGAUGCGUCUUAUCCUUAUUACGAAGGCGAUCAUGUUGUGAUACCCAACGAAAACGUGCCAGAUGGAAACUGGGACAAAUUUUUACACAUACUUGAGGAAACUGAACUCGAAGCAGAAAACGAAACGGAAAUUACAAAACCAAAGAACACCAGCAAUGUUCCAGCGGGUGAUACGGACAAACACAAGGAAGAACUAAAAGAAAAUGUUGUUCCUGAAAAAAUCUACGUUCCAACGCGUUUCAGACGAUCUGUCAGUUCGGGUGAAACACACGAAUACAUAACUACACCCACAGAAACUUCAACUACAGAAAAUACACACAGUCAACAGCAUAUAGUUAAAAUGCCAAGUCCGAAUCCAUUUAAAAUUAAGUUUAAUGAUAUUCCUGGAUUACUAACAAUUUUAGGAAAAUCAAAAAACACAGAGGACGCCGACACGAACGCAAUCCACAAAUUGAAACCUAAAUCCUUAAGUGAUCAGUGGUCUACAUAUGCUACAGGAAAAAGCAGAGAUUACAGGAACAACAUUAAGAAGAUUAUACAUCACACUAAGCCAGAAGUUUCAAACAACAGAAAUAUUAACAUCAAAAGCAAUACUGUUGGUAGCAGCAACACAGAAAGUAAUGAUUCCAAAGAGAUGUCGGAAACGGCGAAGACGGAGGAGGUGAUGCGUCUGGUUUUCUACGCCUAUCCUGCGGGCGAGAGCAAUGACAAAGAAGAAGCACACGAGGAAGACAAGAAAGACGAGCUCACUGAGACUGUACCUGACUUCGCGCCGCUCGAGGCUCCAGAUGUUCGCCGCCACGACGAAUCUCACAGAUCCCACCUUAUCGAAGAUGACGACGACACGUUCCGUUUCUCUGACGAAGACGACGAAGAUGACUGUAACAUCGCCAAACACAAACAUACAAGAAGACAGUCUGAAUCCGAUGACAUUAGCUUAGUCAGCGUUCUUUUUCAAGCUUUAGGAACAGUUAUUAAGUUGUUUAAAGACUUUAAACUUUACUAGUGUAGUGUGGUGUGAAUAUAAAAAGUAAUAUUCAUGAAGCAUAUAACGCAUAGUUUUAUCCUCGAAACACAAGAUUUUAUAAAAUUUAUUUCUUGUACAGCAAACAGAAACUUAAAAAGCUAAAAAAAAAAAUUAUGUUAGAUUUUAGAGAACAGAUAAAAGUGUUUAUUUAUAUCCCUGCAAGCUAAGUAUCAACUGGCAUUUAAAUACAUACUUAACUUGAUUAAAAAGUAAAAAAAAACUUAUUACCUAAAAACCUGAUGAUAUUUUAAGGUACAACCUUAAUGGUUAUAUUUUAGUUAGCACAUAGUAAAUAAGGUGAAUUUAUACAUGUGAUAUUUAUUGCAACUUCUUUAUAAAUUUUUUUAAAAGUAAGCUGAAGUUAUUUUAUGUUUAUGCUAACAUUACUUAUUCAAUUUGUAAAUAUUUGCAUUAGUUUUAUACCACUGUUAUAGCUAUGUACUACUGAUGAUGCAAUCACUCCACACUUAUAGGUUAUUUAUUUUAUAAAUGGUGUGGUUCCAUCGUCUUUGCAUUAGUAAAUACAUAUUUUAAUUACGAAGAAAGUAACAAAGGUGCUGUUGUAAAAUUACAUACAUGCUAAGUCCAGCAAAAGAGAACUCUGAUACAACACAUACGAUGAUAUUAUAUAUGCAUUCACCUGAAAAAUACUUAUGACAGAAGAUUUCAUGCAAGAGAUUAUUGUGAGAUUAUGUAUGAAUCAGACAAGUUUAUGUAUAACUGUACAAAAUAAGUUAAACAUAUUGUCACGUGGCACCUAGCCGGUGCCACCACCAUUUCUGUCACGAUUCACCUUCAGAGGGGGGGGGGGCGAGAAUCGUAGCUCUUUACAUAGAAACAACUCGCUUGGCAUCAACUAGUCUUAACUUCAUAAAAUACUUUACUGUACCUAGGAUCAUAGGUUCGUCAUCCCGUACAGGAUGUCUGGUGAGAGCUGAACUAAGGAGAUUUUGCAAAAUAACAUAAUACUUAAUUAAAAUUAUUUUAUUCUUAAAGUCAAAUACUCAACAUCAUUUUAAAGAACAUUUAAAUAGCGGGAUUACAAUUUAAAACAAUAAUCUCUUUACUUCCUUAACGAUUGAACGACCUUACAAGAGAGAGAAUGAGAGAACUUCACUAAACACUUCCCUAGUCCUUCCGAAUACCUCAAAUCAUAAUUAAUACUUAAAAUUAAAACAAAGAUAAGUCCAUACUCACAUUUUCCGAAAAGCCUUUCUUGAUCGAUUACUUUAAAAAAAUAACGUAGGGGCCUCUCCUGCCCUUGAAAUCCCGAACGAACAUUACAUUUUAAAAACUAUGACGCGUGACCCCUGACGAGGGCCAUAGCCUCCGCCCGAAAGCUUGACGACUACAUUAUGACCUAACUUAAAUUAAACGACUCGUGGCCUCUGGCGUCGACCAUAGCUUCCGCCCGAAAGCUUGAAUUCCUACAUCACGAACGAACUAACAACUCGUGACCACAGGUGAGACGCAUAGCCUCCGCCUGAGUGAGCCCCGAGUCAUCACUCACUUGCGCUUAAAUUCGCGCGCCCUGCCGCGCCUACCAUAACAAAAGCUCGUUAUUGAAGUCAAAUUUACUAAACAACUAACUAGAACAUCUGGGAAGACUACCCCCCCUCUACCCCAAUGUGCAGGCCACACCGCGCGGCUUGUUACGACAGCGCGCCCCAGUAACUGCGGCCCGUGGCUGCGCCAGCGCGCGGCCAAACAAACAAACAAAAUUCUGCAAGCCCGCAGCGCGCCGCGCCGGCCCCGUGCCCCAAUUACAUGGUCACGCCACUUGCGCUGACGAGUGAACAGAGCAGCCAGCCUAGAGUCCCGUCAGUAAAGUCCCUAAAUUUGAUUUCAACAACCCUGCAAAAUUUCAACCCGCGACAAUAUUGAUCUCAUAAUUCCAUUUUGUGUCCCUUGUGUAUGUAAUAAAAAAAUAUAACAAAAUAA